GCGGCGGCGGCGGCGGCGGCGUCAGCGGAGGCCGGGGCGGUGGGAGUCGAGGCUCCGGAGCAAGAUGGCGGUGCGAGUGUUGCGCGCCGGCGGAGCGGCCUCAGGCGGCGGCUUCCUGUGGCGGGCCGCCCCCUGCAGCCUACUGCCCGGGCUCCGGAAAUUGGCGUCUUCCAAUAACAGGCUUCGAGAAGAGAGCUGGCUAAAAUCCUUGUUUGUCCGGAAGGUCGAUCCGAGGAAGGAUGCGCACUCGAACCUCCUGGCCAAGAAGGAAACAAGCAGUCUGUACAAAUUACAGUUUCACAAUGUUAAACCGGAAUGCCUAGAAGCAUACAACAAAAUUUGUCAAGAGGUGUUGCCAAAGAUUCAUGAAGAUAAACAUUACCCUUGUACUUUGGUGGGGACUUGGAACACGUGGUAUGGCGAGCAGGAUCAAGCUGUUCACCUCUGGAGGUAUGAAGGAGGCUAUCCUGCGCUCACAGAGGUCAUGAAUAAACUUAAAGAAAAUCAGGAAUUUUCACGGUUCCGUAAGGAGAGAAGCAACAUGCUUCUCUCAAGGAAGAAUCAGCUGCUGCUGGAAUUCAGUUUCUGGAACGAGCCUGUCCCACGGUCAGGACCGAACAUCUAUGAACUCAGAUCUUACCAGCUCCGACCAGGAACUAUGAUCGAAUGGGGCAAUUACUGGGCUCGUGCAAUUCGCUUCAGACAGGACGGGAAUGAAGCAGUUGGAGGCUUCUUCUCCCAGAUUGGGGAGCUAUACAUGGUGCAUCAUCUUUGGGCUUAUAAGGAUCUUCAGACCAGAGAAGAUAUCCGGAAUGCAGCAUGGCAUAAACACGGCUGGGAAGAACUGGUCUAUUACACAGUCCCGCUUAUUCAGGAGAUGGAAUCCAGAAUCAUGAUCCCACAGAAGACCUCACCCCUCCAGUAAAGCUCUGGGAUUUAGAUGUGCCUACAUGCAGUGAUGUGACAAGUACGUGUCAUAAAUUAAUUUGAACUGUACAUCAAGUGAACAAGCAACACUGAAGCGUAAACUGCUGUACAUAGCUUGUAAGAGACCUCUUUUCUUUAAAAUUUACAUAACGAUCACAAGAAAGGAGACUAUUGCCGUGUGGCUGAUUGUAACUGCGCUGCAGUCCUCGGAAACCGCCCGUGUUUCUCAGCGAUCCCUUAUAAUCCCAAGCCGCACCCCCCCCCAAGAGGGCCCAAAUUAAAAUUUGAAUCACCUCCAACUGACAAUCCGGAUAACCAUGGGAAGACGUUAAGUCAUUUCUUUAUAAAGAGCAAAUCUGUUUUAUAACUGCAGAUUUUUAGACAAAUUUUCUUGUAUCAGGAAGAAAUAUAAAUUUUGUCAUGUUUCUGUAGCAUUUUUUUCCUGAGUCUCAGAUUAGGAACAAAAUCUGAGUGCACCCAGUACCUGAAAAUGUUUUAUUUCUCUCCUUUUUAACGUCGGCAUAGUAGACAGUGUGUCAUCACUAAGCUGGUGGUCGUUCCCCGGGUACAUUUAAUCCACCUUGUCUAUGGUGAUGUCUUUAUAUGAGGGGGAAAAUGGCUUGAACCUGUGUAUCACAUGUGACUUUGACAUGUACACCUUGAAUGGCACUAAUUUUUAUUUGGACUAUUUUUCUAUAACACGGUAGGUAGCCCUAGAAAAAGAGGUUUUAUUUUGUAAACAAUCAUUUGUGACCUCAGCCAUUCUCUGGUUAAUAUUUUGGCUCACAGCAGAUACUUGCCAGAUCAUGUAUGAGGGGUGGUGCAUGUUGAAUUGAAACUGGCAUAAAGCUGCCUCCUUUGUCUAGCUCUGACUGAGUUUUUAAUAGCGUGUGCCAAUUUCGUGACUGUGAUCAUGUGAAAGUCCUGUUGAAAUGAAAACUGACGUCUGACCCCCGGAUCAAAGAACUGAUGUUCAAGUGUGACUAAUUCUCCUAGCAAAUGUCAAGCUUUUCCAUGUGAAUGGUUUUCUGCAAGAAUAUAUAAAAAUCAAUAAAAUCCUCUAAAUUUUCACAUA